AUGGAGUCGCAAGACACAUUCCAGGACGUAGCCCUCGACGUAGAAGAAGAAGAGCCGGACUGGGACCCGGUCACCCUCUACAUCGAGUCGCUCCCCUACAACACCAACAAGCAGUUCCGCCGCACCAUCCAGCUCGACCGCAAGGUCGACUUCGGCCAGUACGAGGACGAGAAGGCCCCUGAGUACUAUGAGGAGAAGAUCGACCCCGAGAAGCUCGUGGUGGCCGCCGCGCAGCCGCCGGUCCCUGAUUUCCCUGAUGGUGGUCUUCGCGCCUACUCGGUCGCGGUCGGGGCCUCGUUGCUUUCGUUCUCCACGUUCGGCUGGAUUAACGCCUUCGGGGUUUUCCAAACGUACUAUCAGACAAAGAUGUUUACGGACCUCAGUCCGGAUACCAUUGCAUGGAUAGGUUCUGUUCAGUAUGGCAUGGUCUUGUUGCCGUCUGCCCUAGUUGGCGGUAUGAUAGACCGUGGUCAUUAUAGACUACCUCUCGCCAUCUCCAGUAUAGGAUACAUCAUCUCUUUGUUCUUGACCGCAGAGUGUAAAACAUUCUGGGAGGUGAUCUUGGGCCAGGGCGUGGCAACAGGACUAUUUGCAGGCAUGCUGUUCGGUGGCGCACCGCCGGUCGUUUCGCAUUGGUUCAGGAAGAAGCGCGCUUUGGCCUUGGGAAUCCUUGCUAUGGGAUCUUCUAUCGGCGGCACGAUCCUUCCUAUCAUCACGAACACGCUGCUCCCAAAAGUCGGCUACUCAUGGACAAUGCGAAUCAUGGCCUUCAUCUUGUCCACGACGGUCAUUGCCGCAAACCUGUUGGUUCGCACUCGGCUUCCUCCCUCGAAAGUCAAGAAAAGCCUGCUCACCUUCUCAGCUUUCAAGAGACUCGACUUUGCUACUUGCGUUAUUGGCUACAACGUUACUUUCCUGGGUCUCUAUGUCCCACUCACCUACAUGACCUUGGCUGCUUCACCCCCCUCCGAAGGUGGAAACGGUGGUCUUUCUGACACCCUUGCUUUCUACCUCAUCCCUCUCGCCAACGGCGCGUCGCUUGUCGGCCGUCUGUCUUCCGGUGUCCUCGCGGACAAGUUCGGCACGCUCAACGUGCUCAUCCCGUUCACCGUCGUCGGCGGUGUCAUGUGCUUCGCGUGGCCCUUCGCAACGCACAGCAUCGCCGGGUCUGUCAUCGUCGCGCUGAUCUAUGGCUGUGCGACAGGCGCGCUCGUGAGCAUGCUUCCCGGUGCGCCUGCGCGGAUGGGUCCGCCUGAGACCAUGGGCGGGCGGAUCGGUAUGGCAAUCUCGUGUAGCGCAUUCGGCAUCGCAUUCUCGCUGCCCAUCGGCGGUGCCAUUCUGUCCAGCAGCAACAACAGCUUCGAGGACGUCGGAUACUACGCUGGCGCUAUGGUGCUCGCGGGCUGCCUCCUCCUCGGUCUUUCUCGUCGCAUCGGCCUCGGUCAAUGGUCAGGGAAAUACUAA